AUGCUCUUAGAAAAAAACAAAGACGGAUCCUUCCCAAUUUUGUCUCUACUCAUGUUUAGCCCUUACUUGUAUUUUGUCCGAGGGUUUUCAGCACUUCGGAGGUUAAAAAGCAGGGAAGCUCCUUACAGCGAGGUGUCUAAGGGUUUGUACGUCGGUGGGUGGCCUUCUUCGCCGGACAAAAUGUCGUCGGGUAACCCUGCUGUAAUAGAUUGCACCUGCCAUGGAAGAAGUAUGGCGUUGAUGUCUGCUUUAUUGGUGGGUUUGGGUGUCGUUGAUGACUGGAAAAAUGGUGAGAAAUUAAUCAAAGAAAAACGAUCUUAUAUUCGAAUGAGUGCUCUUCACUGGAAAGCAUUGGAAGAAUUGUCAAUGAACCGGUUAUCUCCUCCAAAAAAUGGAUCCAAUGCACGUUAUUGA